AUGACGGACAAAUUCGAAAAUUCCUUUACGAAACAUGAGGAGUUUAAUGAGACGAAUACUGAGUCGCACGUCGCGCAAAGCGUAAAAGAAAUCCUCCAACACGCGCACAGACACAUCUCCGACGCCAUCGACUGCGAUGAGAACAACUACGGAGAAUCUGCGGUGAGAAGUUACAGUUUGGCGAUGGAUUACUUCAAAACGUAUCUCAAAAUGAAUGCCAUUGGCAGCUCUGGAGGGAAAUUCGGUGCGUUUCGCGCGUUUGCGCGAUGGAACUCGCCUAAUGGAAAGAAGACGUGUACGAAGAAGAGGAGCGAGGAUGUGGUGUUCUUGUCGUUUACAUCGUCGUCUUUGUGUGUUUUUCGCUCUGUUUCUUCUUCUUUGUGUGUUUGUUUCAUUCAUCAUUGGCGACGACGCAUAAAAAUGGUCGUGUGCGAGACGUUUGUUUACGAGAGAGGAUGCCGACGGGAGGACCUUUCUCGGGUUUCGCGACAAAGAACGAGAGACGAGAGGGCGCAACUCGUCGCGAAAAUCGUUCAGUAUCAGAAGCGUUUACAAAAGUUGAGGAGAGAUUUGAUGCGACGGAAAUACGGCGAGAGAAGUCUGGAGAAGUCUUCUUUAGCAGCAGAGAAGGAGGAGGAGGAAAAGGAAGUCGUCGUGCAGUUGACUGCUUCUUCUUCGAACGGUUCGGAAACGAAACGAAACGACGACGACGACGCGUUGCACUUGGAGACGAUCAUCGAGGACGAGGAGUUGAGGCGUCUGGUAGACAAUGAUAGCGACGACGACGAGAGCGGCGAGGAGAACGGCGGCGAUAGGAGUACGAAUAACAAGAGUAGCAAUAGUAAGAAGAAAACGAAGAAGACGGCGGCGGUAUUCGAUCGAUCGUUAUCGGCCAUGCCGCGGUUGAUGAAAAAAACGACGACGACGAAUAGCGAUACGCGAGAAGGAACAGAUAGCGGUGGCGGCGUCUUCGAUUGGCUCUUGGACGCGUUGGAUGCUUUGGACGAUAAGAUUGCCGAGAAAGUGGAACGCGCGGAAGACGCGCUCUUUGACGCCUUCGAGGACGUCCAAGAUUCUUUCAAGAAGACCUUUUCGUUUCAAAAGAAGAAGAAGCAUAGCGAAGAAGAAAAAAACGACGACGUUUAG